CUUUUUGUUUCAGAAAUAGCAAAAGUCCGAGCUAGUUUAUUUCAAAUAAAUGGUGUAAAAAAGGAGCCUUUAGUAUUACCAGAGCCAGAUGGCCCUGUUACGACGCUUACAGAAAAAGUUUACGUGCCAGUUAAAGAACAUCCAGACUUCAAUUUUGUAGGAAGGAUUCUGGGUCCUCGAGGAAUGACUGCGAAACAGUUGGAACAAGAAACGGGCUGCAAAAUAAUGGUCAGAGGGAAGGGCUCGAUGAGGGACAAAAAAAAGGAGGAUCAAAAUAGAGGCAAACCCAACUGGGAACACCUUUCCGAUGAACUGCACGUCCUUCUCACUGUCGAAGACACGGAGAACAGGGCGCAGGUCAAGUUACAAAGGGCCGUGGACGAAGUCAGAAAACUACUAGUACCUCAAGCCGAUGGAGAAGAUGAACUGAAAAAGAGGCAAUUGAUGGAAUUAGCCAUAAUAAAUGGAACAUACAGGGAUUCAACGUCAAAAGCGGCAUCAGUAGCAGCAGAAUUCUUCAUUCCAGCGUGCGACGAGGAGUGGCGCCGCCUCGCCGCCUCCGUCGAGACGCAACGCCUCCUCUCGCCCGGCAUGGGCGGCCUGCGCCCCGCCCAGACGCCGCUCGGCGCGCCCCUCAUCCUCUCGCCGCGCAUGUCCGUCCCCACCACGGCCGCCUCGCUGCUCAACGGCGCCGCCCCGCCUCCCGGCCCCCUCGACCCCCACCAGCUCAUCUACGCCCCCUACGGCGACUACGCCAAUUACGCGGCGCUGGCGGCCGCUGCGGCCACGCCCCUGCUGGCCGAGUACGCUACGGCGGACCAUUCGGAUGUUCGUCCCUAUGAGAAUCAGUGUGGUCUAUAUACUAUUUAUCUACUCUAAUUUUAUACUCUUAUAUACAUAUGAACAUAAUAUAUUUAUCGUUUUUUUUUACAAGUUAGUACGUCUAGUUCAGAGAAAACAAUUUAUUGUGUGCUAUAUUUUAUCCAUGGAAAUUUAG